AUGGGAGCUUUCGACAAUUUGUUGUUGUCACUCGACGAGGGCAUCACGGAUUUCUUUGCGCAAUGGAACAUUUAUAGCACCAUCAUCGUCACUGCCUUCAUCGGCUUCCUCACCUACCAGAUCUCUACACGAAAGGACCCCGAUACGCAUCCCAUGCUCCUUGUCCGACAGUCUCAAGGGUCCCCCGUUCGACAGCCCGGCCAGUCUCCCGUAUACCGCGGCCAGUCUGCCCCCCAUGGCAUGCCGCUUCAGACCGGUCUGAACGUCAAGGAUCCCGGUGCCUCGCGCUGGGCAAGAGGACGCGACGGUGAUCUUCGCGAUAUCUGGAGGCAAGCUGUGGCCGGUGUCCAGGAGGACGGCCCGAACAAGGGCGCAAAGGGCAAGAUCCUCAGCGUUUUCGGUACCGAACAUGUUACGGAGCACUCGUUGGACGACAUCACGCGCCAGAUCAACCUGAUUGGAGGACACAUCAAGGAGCAGGGCGGCAGUCGUGUGGCCAUCUACAUUCCCAACUCUGUCGAGCUACUUGCGGCUCUUUUUGCAUGCGCCUUCUACAACUUAACGGCCGUCAUUCUUCCCUUCGAGCAGCCGGAAGAAGAUGUUAUCUCAAUGUUGCGCCAGUCUGGUGCUGACACAGUUAUCACUGCACCCGGUUCUUUCCCUUUUGACCUUGUUGCUAAACACUACCCCAACCUCCGCCAGCUGAUUUGGAUCGUCGAUGAAGGCAGCAGACACAUGGACUGGAACGAAGUCCCUGAAGGCACCGGGAGCAGCGUCAAUGUUUCUACCUGGCACGAGAUUAUCGGCGACAGCCCAGCCGCUGCUGGCCGCGAGCUCCCCCCUCUUGAAGGUCAACAAGAGCCCAGUGAUGUCAUCCUCUUCUGGCAGUUCAAGUCCGGUAUCCCAUCCGAGAUGGUUACCUUCACAGCUGGUAACUUUGCCUCCGCCAUUGCUUCCCAGCUUUUUGCUAUCCCGACCUCCCAGAAGAUGGGGCCAUCCGAUCUCUUCCUCCCCGCCGACUCUCUCGCCAACAGCCACACUCUCGUCCUGACCCUCGCCGCGCUUUUCUCCAACGCCUCUGUCGCGCUAAACUCUGUCGGAACCCAAGCCUACGACCUCGCCGCCGCGACCCGUGGCAUCUCCCCUACCAUCCUCGUCGCCACGCCAGCCGCCCUCGUCAAGACGCACCAGGAAACCGCCAGCAACUUCUCUUCGCUCAUCGCCCGCAACCUUCACUGGCUACAGACCCGCCACCUGACCCAGUACGGCGUCAUGCCCACCGCCUCGUUCCUCUCGUCCUACUACGAUAGCCUUCGUCCUUCCAUUGGCACCAAGCCCGGCAAGCUUCGCCUGAUCCUGACCGCUGAGUGUGUGGGCUCCGAUACGCCUCGCUUGUCGUCGCAGAUGUUGUCGGAUCUUAGAGCGUACACUGGUGCGCGCAUCAUCUAUGCGCUGUCGGCUGCCAAGGUGGCUGGCGCAGUGGCGCAGACGCUGUUUUAUGAUUAUAGAGUGUUUGAGGAUAAGUGCUCGCACUUUGGGCCGCCGUUGAGCAGCACGGAGGUGUUUUUCAAGGAUAUGGGAGAGUACAAGACUACUGAUGGUGUCAGUAAGGGAGAGAUAUUUGUUCGGGGACCUUCCGUCUCUGGUGGCGAGGCAGCGCUGGGCGUGCCUGGCUAUAUGAGGGAUGAUAACACACUGGCAUAUGCUUAA